UUAUAAUAUUUCAAAGAGAAAAAAAAAUGUAUAUUAAAACAAUUGUUUUAAUAAGAUGACAGUUUAAAAAUAUCUUUAGAACAACUGGUAUGCCACAGAGAAGUUCAUCAUCUACUAUCAUAAAAUUUCUUUUAGAAUACUUCUGGAUUUCGAUUGAAAUAAAAUACUACACAAUUAAUUCAUAUAUAUUCAAGAGGUUAUUAUAAUUUCAUUUUUUAAUAAAUAAAAUCGUCAUGCAUUUGAAGUGCAAUAUUAUAAUUUUGGCAUUUUUUAUGUUUACUGAAAUUUCGAGUCUAGGUGUUAGCUGGUCUCAAGUCAAUGAACUUCAUGAUAUAUUCAAGAAUCAUAGUAGUAAUAUGAUUAAUUUACUUGAAAAUUUUAUAAGUGAAAAUAUUAAAUAUGGUGUUAUAUUUGAAUUGGAUUUAAGCAAAAAUUUAGGGCAACAAGCUGAAGAUAUUUUAAAAUGUUUAUCAUAUAAUUCUGUUAUAAGAGUUGAAGACGAAACAGUUCCCAGAUUAUCAAAUGAAAUAGUAGAUAAGUACAUUGAAAUAUUUAAAGGCUGUGAAACAAAUAAAAAAGGUUAUUUUAAGAAGACUGUACUGAAUUUCAUUAAAAAUCUAAACAAAAAUAUUUUAGUGGACGAAUUAAACGUAUCUUUUAAUUCAAGCAAAAAAUACGUAUUCUAUAGACAAAUAAAACUAAUGCUUGGGCCUAAAAUGUCUGAUGCUCGAGAGCCGAGAUCAAUUAACAUUUUAGAUGUCAUGAUUGCACUGUUUCAUACAUUUAGUAUUAUUCAAAAUGAUUCAGUCUUUGCAAUGAACCUCUAUUAAAAACGUAUUGAUUAAUUUUAAUGUUACUCAUUUAAUAAAACAUUAUGCCUACUUUACGUG